AUGACAUCAGUCCGUGGCACGGUCACAAAAGUCUCCAACAGCCUUGUUGGCUACGUGUACCCCCGCAAUCAUAAUCUUAUCGCUGUAGAGCGGCUCUCCCGUGGUCAGCAGAAUGGCAACACUGGCACGAAGCGCAUCAGAUUGGAGGUUGUCGAUGAUUUUGCCGAUGAGAGCUUCACUCCAAAUACGGAAUCAUCCAAAACCAACCUCAUUUGGGUAGAUGAAUCGACGCGAAUCGCAUACUGGCAUCACAUAGCCCCUCUUGUCCGCACCUUGAGGGGUAUCUGCCACCGAAUCGAAAAGAGGCGGUCGCAAUCCAGGGAAGGGUCCCCUAUCACUCGACUGGACGACCAAACCCAGGAGCAGCAAAUUUAUGUCUUCGGCCCCUACCUUGACACUUUCCGGCAAACUGCUUGGAUAGUUGAGAGUGUCUACUCUCACACGUUCUUGGCAGGUUUGAAGACGAACUUCAAGGCCCCCCAGUCGGUCAUGGACUACACUUUCAGCCCUGAAGAAAACCUCGCCAUUACCGUGGCUCAGCGCUUAUUCGAGCAUUUCCCUGAUGAAUGCAAUCCUGUGCUGGUUGAGGCUGGCGUCUCACGCCGCAUUAUCAAAGGAAUCAGUGCUGACUUAGCCGCUCUGGCUAGUCGAAAGCCAAUGCCUGGACUCGUUCAACGGGCUGGCUUUGUUGGCAAGGUCAUGAAAUUUUUCCGAGGGCGUGAAAGCUUCGGCAUUGAAGUAUCUGAGGACCCGAUCUCAAGGAUCGACAUCGCAAUGCCCGGUAGCUUUCCAGAUAUCCAAACCAACAUCGAAGCUUUGGGUGAGGUGGAACCUUCCAUCAAGGCCACAGAUCAACGACAGAUCCCGCCCGCCCAGGAAAUCAUAAAACCAGGAAGUUACUGCCCUCCUGCAAGAACUACGGAAGCGUACACGUUUGUCAAAGACCAAUUGGCCGACAUCGCAUCCCAACGCAGAGCUGCGUACAAGAAUGCACCCCCAGGCAUUGUACCAGACGACUUGGUCUGUAGACCAAGCCCCAUUUCUGUCCUCAAAAGAGACAACCAUUCACCUGCUUCACUGAAGCGACUCCAGAAGUCAAGAGGCCUCAAAAGAGUGCAAUUCUCACCAUCCGCCAAGCAGUCUACCCCUUCACCGGCGAAAUCAAGGGGCUUCCUCAGCCGAAUUUUCGGCUCUCCUACCGUUUCCGAAUCACCACUGGGACGACACGUUGUUGGUGCCAGCCCUCUGAGCGAUUCUCAGGUUGACGGCUCGUCAGACGGCCCUAACACUACGAUGCCGAAUCGGUACUCUGGCGCCGCUCCAAAAUCUGACGAUGUAUCAGAAGAGAGCGACAGUGAGGAAAUCGCGGCUCGCUGUCAGCCUCAAUUGCUGGAGCAUCUCAACAAAUCCUUGAAUGGCCUUGAAGCUAAGGGAUUCUUCGCCAAGGGCGAACCGCAGGACUUGUCAUCCAGCCCUUCCAGCCCACUUACACCCCCGACCCUGGCAGGUCUGACCAUCUCGGACGACAAAGAGGAGGAACUUGAAGAUCUCUCUCUCGCCCUGCAGCUAUUGCUUGAUGUCGACGAGGCACGCCGAAGAGAGGAAGAGGAGAAGAAAGCUAGACAGGCAAAGGAGGAGAGAUUGUUGAAGACCGGUGGACUUCGCGCUCCCCAGAGACCUUUAGUCACCUCAUUACCGGCUGAAUGGGCUGAAAAGGUGCAAGCCACGAUGCAAGCCAAUCCCUCGCUGACACUCGCGACGACGGCUGAAAGUGUGCCCCUCAAGAAGCACGAUUUCGCCAUGGUAGUUCCACCAACUGUGUGGCUCAACGACGAAAUUGUGAAUGGCGCAUUGCAAUGGCUGGAUCGAUACGUCAAUGUGGCCGCAGGCGCCGUGGACGUGAAGGCACCGAACCGAGUGUGCGUCGCCAUGGGCUCAUUUUUCUACAAGAGACUGGAGGAGAACGGUGUUCAAAACACUGAACGAGCACUUCGCCGUUACGGAAUCAACAAGAACAAUUUUCUCAAACUGGAGACGAUUCUCAUGCCGAUCUGUAAGAACAACCAUUGGACAUUGCUCGUCAUCCGGCCCAAGAAGCGAACUGUAUCGCAUAUGGAUUCCUUCAACCCUGCGGGCUCAUCCACGCAUACUACUAGAGCCUUGAACUGGGUCCAGGCCUUCCUGGGCGGUGACUACAAGGCUAGCGAAUGGAAAGUAGUCAUCCAUGAGGCUCCUAUUCAGACCAACGGAUACGACUGUGGUGUCUUCACGAUUACCAACGGAAUGUGUCUUGCACUUGGCCUCAAUGCCAUCGACGCCUACUCGGGCGAGGAUUUGCCAGAACAACGCCUAAGAAUCGCCGGUAUGCUUCUCAACAAAGGCUUCAGCGGCGAAUUUGACCUCGCCGAUCUCUGA